AUGCCACAUAUCAACCAGGCCCGUGUCACGGCCUUCCGCAAGGCGCGCGAUGACCUGGUAGUCCUCCUGGAGCAGCAGUCGACCUUCCUGCGCCACGACCUCAACAGCUGCGCCUACAUGAUCCCGAACCUCCGGCUGCAGAUUAUCCAGCACCUCGAUAUCGUCGCGUCUCUAUCUAUGAAGAUGGCCUAUGAGAGCCGCCACCACCCCUACGUCCUUGUCCCCCAGAGCAGCUUCUACGAGACCGAUGUUCCUAUGCACUGCGCCGCACUAAAGGGCCAGUGUGCUUAUCUUGCGGAUCGACUGCGCGACAAUUUUUGCAUUGAUGUCCUUAUUACUGUAGCGAGGGUGAUUGACCAGAUUGUGGCUAACUUAUGUUUUUAG